AAUUCACUUUGCCUUAAAUUCUCAAGUAGCAGAAGAGAAGAGGCGGGGAUAUUCGUUGGAAACCAAAAGUGUUUUCUAAUACUCUUGCCGUUCUAUAAAAACAUUAAAUUUAUAAAACUAAAUAUUUUUGUUUAUUUUUUUAUAAUUUAAUAAUAAAAAUUGUAGAUUUAUUAAAAAAUGAUGAGAUUUAUCAAAUUAUUAUCUUUUAAUAGUUUCUGACACGAUUAAGGAUUUUUAAAGUCAACUGCUUUGGAUUUGCUGGCUCUUAAAAAUUUAUUAUUAUUGAAAAGUGAAUACUUUGGACUCGCCUCAUGGAUGCCUCAUGCCUCUAAGAAAAUCAAAUUAGUCCCUUAAUGUGCAUAUUAAAUUGGAUGUUAUAAUAUAUAAUAUAAAUAUAAGAGUGGGAGCCAUGGAAUUGGUUUCAAAGGUUUUGUACACGAUCACCAACACCACCACAAGAAAGAGAAAGAGUAGUAAUUUGUUUUCUCCAUGGCACGAUCUUCUUCGAUUCCUUAUUUUGCUCACAUUUUACCACUUGUCAACCAACCCUAAGAAAAAAGAGUUUCCCAAUAAAAACAUUUAUUUCCUUAUAUAGCUCUCUCUCUCUCUCUCCGAUCGAGUCUCCGGUGGAAGACAGGAAAAGGAAGAAAAAAGAAGACGACGACGAGGGAGGAUGCAUUUCGCUAAGCUCGAUGAUUCCCCCAUGUUUCGUCAACAGAUGCAAUGUAUGGAAGAGAGUGCAGACUUGCUGGGGAUGCGAUGCUUAAGGUUCUACAAAGACUGCACAAAAUACACAGAGGGACUCGGAGAAGGGUAUGAUGGAGAUAUUGACUUUGUAAAUGCACUUGAAUCUUUCGGCGGUGGCCAUAAUGAUCCCAUCGGCGUUGCUUUUGGAGGUCCUGUAAUGACAAAGUUUACUGUUGCUCUUCGAGAAAUUGGGACAUACAAGGAAGUUCUUCGUUCCGAGGUAGAGCAUAUUCUGAAUGACCGGGAAGCACGUAAACGCUUUGACAAAGCCUCCAUUACAUACGACCAGGCACGAGAGAAAUUUCUGUCAUUAAGAAAGAGUACGCGACUGGAUGUGGCUGCAACAAUCCGAGGAG